GACUGAGCGCCUGGAGAGACCUGCGCAGGCGCAGGCGCGCCGGGACGUGGGGGGGCGCAGCCUGGGUGACGCCCCCGCGCCUGAGGGGACUCGCCGCCAACUCCCCUCGGCUCACUGGUCUGGAAUUUGAAGAAGUGGGUAUUCCCCUUCCCACCCCAGGCACUGACGGAGCGGCCCCCCGGGGAUUCCGGGACCUGAGCUCCGGGGGCUGGACUCGCAGCGGCCGCGGCAGAGCGAGCGGCGCCGGGAAGCGAGAAGGAGGCGUCCGCCCGAGGCCCAGCUGUCCGGAGCAACUGGCAUGGCCCGAACCAUGGCCGCCGCAUGGCCUCCGCUGCUGCUGGCGCUACUGGUGCUGUCCUGGCCACCCCUAGGAACCGGGGACAUCAUCGUGCAGGCGCCCACCCAGGUGCCCGGCUUCUUGGGCGACUCCGUGACGCUGCCCUGCUACCUACAGGUGCCCGGCAUGGAGGUGACGCAUGUGUCACAGCUGACUUGGUCGCGGCAUGGUGAAUCCGGCAGCAUGGCCGUCUUCCACCAAACGCAGGGCCCCAACUAUUCGGAGCCCAAACGGCUGGAAUUCGUGGCCGCCAGACUGGGCACAGAGCUGCGGGAUGCCUCACUGAGGAUGUUCGGGUUGCGCGUCGAGGAUGAAGGCAACUACACCUGCCUGUUCGUCACGUUCCCACAGGGCAGCAGGAGCGUGGAUAUCUGGCUCCGAGUGCUUGGCAUCAUUCAUAGUGUUCCUCCCAUCAUUGUCUAUACUGCCUGCUCCCCCGCCAGGCAAGUGGUACACAGAUUUCCUCAGCCCUCGGCUCCCCAAAGUCUCCCUGUCUCUGAACCUCUGUGUCCAUUUCCUGCAGACCCCCCAGAGGUAUCCAUCUCUGGCUAUGAUAACAACUGGUACCUCAGCCAGAAUGAGGCCACCCUGACCUGCGACGCUCGCAGCAACCCAGAGCCCACAGGCUACAACUGGAGCACGUGAGUCCUGGGUUUCAGGGAGGAGGGGCUGGGGGUGUGGAUUUGUGGGUCUGAGGGAGGAGGGGCUGGAGGCCUGGACUCCUGGGACUGAGGGAGGAGGGGCUGGGCCUGGACCCCUGGGUCUGAGGGAGGAGAGGCUGGGGGCCUGGAAUCCUGGUCUAAGAGAGCAGGGGGAUUCAGAAAAGAAAAAAAGAGGAGGUUGACUUCGGGGUCCCCCAAUGGGGGGGCAUCUCUGUUUUGACAUCUCUGUUUUCCAGUUGAGGCGUUUAGCAGGUGGUUUAAUCCUGGCUGGUGGAUGCACCUGCUCUUGGGGUGUGCCUGCCCUGUGCCCGGUACUUCCCCCGAAUCCCACGUGACCCCAUGCUGUGCAGAGUCAGCAGCUGUUGUCAUGCCCAGGUUAAAGACCAGCCACGAGAGGGCAGAAGCGGCCCUUGAAUCAGCCCUGGCUCCAAAGCUGGUCCUCCGCCUCUUGGCCAAGCUUGUCUAACCUGCAGGCCGCAUAAUUUCUAAACUUUCUUAAAACAUUAUGAGAUUUUUUUUUUUGCAAUUUUUUUUUAGCUCAUCAGCUAUCAUUAGUGUUAGU